CUGUCAUCGACUGGCCCACAGAUGAGGGCAAGGAAGUAUGGGGUUACGUGACCGUGCGUGAGGAUGCCCACAUGUUCUGGUGGCUCUAUUAUGCCACCAACCCCUGCAAGAACUUCUCAGAACUGCCUCUGGUCAUGUGGCUUCAGGGCGGUCCAGGAGGUUCCAGCACUGGAUUUGGAAACUUCGAGGAAAUUGGGCCCCUUGACAGAGAUCUCAAACCUCGAAGAACCACCUGGCUGCAGGCGGCCAGUCUCCUAUUUGUGGAUAAUCCUGUGGGCAGUGGGUUCAGUUACGUGAACAAGAGUGACGCGUAUGCCAAAGACCUUGCUACAGUGGCUUCAGACAUGAUGGUUCUCCUGAAGACCUUCUUCGAUUGCCACAAAGAAUUCCAGACAGUUCCAUUCUACAUUUUCUCAGAGUCCUACGGAGGAAAAAUGGCAGCUGGCAUUGCCCUAGAACUUUAUAAGGCCAUUCAGCAGGGGACCAUCAAGUGCACCUUUUCAAAACAAAGAGCCACAUAUACUUUUCUGUUUCAGAACACAGACGGAGUGAACUUCUAUAACAUCUUAACCAAAAGUGCUCCUGUGUCUGCAAUGAAGUCGAGUCUAGAGUUCACACAGAGCCACCUAGUUCCUCUUUGUCAGCGCCACGUGAGACACCUACAAUCGGAUGCCUUAAGUGAGCUCAUGAACGGCCCCAUCAGGAAGAAGCUCAAAAUCAUUCCUGAGGAUUGCUCCUGGGGAGGCCAGGCUACCAACGUCUUCAUGAACAUGGAGAGAGACUUCAUGAAGCCAGUCAUCAGCAUCGUGGAUGCAUUGCUGGAGACCGGGCUCAACGUGACCGUGUAUAAUGGGCAGCUCGACCUCAUCGUCGACACCAUGGGUCAGGAGGCCUGGGUGCGGAAGCUGAAGUGGCCAGAGCUGCCCAAAUUCAACCAACUGAAGUGGAAGGCCCUGUACAGCGACCCUAAGUCUUCAGAGACAUCUGCUUUCGUCAAGUCCUACAAGAACCUGGCUUUCUACUGGAUUCUGAGAGCUGGUCACAUGGUUCCUUCUGACCAAGGGGACAUGGCUCUGAAGAUGAUGAGAAUGGUGACUCAGCAGGAGUAGGAUGGACGGGCCGGAGCUGAGCUGGUUGGAUCUCGAGCACAGGAGCCGAGGCGAGGACCCCGAAGCCGUAGGAAGCACCGUUCUUCCCUGAAUCCGACUCGGGCUACAGGCAUGAAGGUUCUUACCAGCUGCCGCAGAGGAUAAAACUGUUGCUCUGGGGAAACUUGAAAAUCAUUUCUGCUUCUUAAAAAACCUAUAAGAUUUUUUAAAUGCAUUUGUUUUAAUCAAAAUGAAGGAUAAUAAUAGAU